UGAUUUGGUUGUGAUGCGUGUUGGAGGAUGGGGCCGGGCAGUGAGGGUAUUGGGUGUUGUGGUUUUGCUAAGUGUUGCCUGGCUGCAGCUUGCACUUCCUCCUCUGCCACACGAUCCACAUUCAGCACUGGGAGGUAGUGCAAGAGAAACACCAGAGUUUGACCCAUCCUUAAGUUACCAUCGCAGUCCAGCAUCUAAGUUCCUACAGACGAAAGCACAACAUCAAACUUCAGUGAAAACAAUACUCUCCCAAGAGCAAAUUUUGGAGAUUCGAGAGCAGAUUCAGCUUCGCAGUGGUAAUGAGACUGUGUUGAAUGAAGAGCUUUAUGGUCCUAUUCAAGCUGAUACAAUUGUCAUUGCUGUGCAGGUGUGUGCCCUUGGCCACUGGCUCUUAUAUUUUAUGGAGGCCAUUAUUGGCGACUGGCAUGGUAUUGGGGGAAGAAACAGGAAUUUGUCCUACUAUCUCUUCACUUUAAAAGUAAUGCAGAUUUUUUAUCCCCAUUCCCUGCAGACUCAUCCGCAUAGUUUUCCUGGAGAAUCCCAGGGUGACUGCCCUAGAGACACAAAGCCUGAGGAGGCAGCAAAACUCAAAUGUGUGGGGACUCCCGAUCUUUACAAGCACUAUCGAGAAGCUCGUUUUACUCAAACAAAGCAUCAUUGGUGGUGGAAGGCUAACAAGAUAUUUGAUGAUAUAUGGAUUCUGAGAAACCAUACAGGCCUUGUUCUUUUCCUUGAGGAGGAUCAUUAUGUGGCGGAAGACUUCCUUCACAUGUUGCGACUCUUAACUGCAGCUAUUCCUCGGGCAUGCCCUAAAUGCUCUCUUAUCACUCUUGGAAAUUAUUUGAAAAAUUAUAACUUCCAAACUGAUGGGAGAAAGUGUUUAAGUGAUGAUGAUUUUGAUACUAACUACUGUCCUUUUUUAUGUCUUAGUGGUGUGCAUCAUAAGAAAAAAGACUGCAGCUCACGCACAGUGUUGAAUAAAGUUCAUCGAGCACUGCAGAAUGGCCAAAGGACUCUCUUUCCUCGUCAGCUAAUAGUUGUACACACUCCACCUAAAAAGGUAAAAAAACACAAAGGUAAUGGUGGAUGGGGUGAUAAACGUGAUCAUGCUCUUUGUCAUUCAUUUAGUGUGAGUACAUCACCAGAACAUAGUAUGGUUAACAAUUCUUUUAUUCCUUUUAUACCCAUUAUUAAUAACAGUUCAUUUAAUGGAAGUGUGGCCCGAAGUGUUUCUUGAUCUUCUGAUUGUACAGUAUUGUAUUUUUUAUUGAAACAUUAAGAUUCUGUGGUUUUGGAGAACAUUACUUCUUGAACAGCACCAUAUAGUAAAGGUAAUUUUCUUUGAUUAUUGCUCUUUGUGUGUCAACUCGAAAAGUAAUUUUAGCUCAUCACACUGUCCUACUGGACACAGGUUAAGAUGAAUUGUUACUGAAUAAAAGCUGUAUCUUCAAUGACUACAUAGCAAGAGAACAGGGAAGUGUAGCAAGAGAAUGUGGAAGUGGUUGAAGAAUAUCAUAAUGAUGUUGAUAAUUUCUUUCAUAGAUUACAAGAACUGGUGCUAUGUACAGUUGGCUUUCUAAGCUUGCUACUCAGAUAAGAUGGUUUUAUAUGUAAGACAUGCACAAAUAAACUUGAAGUGAUGUUAUUUAUAGAGACAAAUACCUGUAUUUAUAUACUUCAAAAGUGUUCAUUUCAUUUUUUAAUACAUUUCAUUUUUUUAAUAGUUAUAAUUUUGACAUAUCAACUUCAACAAUUUGAUUUGGUAACCAAGUGCUACAGGAAAUAGCUUAUUUUUCAUUGUAACUCAUUAUCAUGGAAGAUACUAGUAUAUAUGCAUUUCUGUCAGUGUUAUAGGAAACAUCUUUUUUAUGUAUGUUGGCAUUCAAGUUGGCCACGUACUUGUGAAUUGCUGUAUAUGUAACCAAAUUUCAGUGAUUCAAUAAUGAUUUUGAAUAAGCUAAAAGAAAAGCCUUUUUCAGUUUUAUUUUCUUGAGAUGUAAGGUAUACAUUUACACCAAUGGGUGAGCUAAAUGAAGGUAUAGAAAAAUUUGUAUUAGAAAUGAUUAUGCUUGAAGGGAAACCUUCAUAAAUUUAAAUGCAACUUAACCAUAUUUUGCAUGAUUCAUUUCUACCAUGUAACUUAUCUGUGCUGCAAGAUAAAUAUUUUAUCAUACUAAUACUACCACUGGUAAUAGCCAUAUACAGUAUGUAUUUUUUUCAAGAACCAUUUAGUUACCCUGUUUCUAAGUAGUAAAUGUCAUCAUAGCCAGAGACCAAUACAGAGGCCAGAUAGCACCUUGAGAAAUUACAAACCUUACUGCUGCCAUAAUAGACUAUAAUUCAGUUGAGUCAUUUUUUAAUGUGAUAGUGAAUAUGAAUAGAUUUUUGUAUAGCCUGUGAUGCAAAGCUGGUUUACAAGGCAUGAGUAAUAAGUGUGAAAGCUCAUGCCAGCCUGUGAGAACUGUGAUUUUUUGUCUUAGUUUGAUGGUUUGCUUAAGUUAUCUUUAAUAAGCUACGUCCCUUAUUAUGUGAUUCUGAUAACUGUUUGAAGAGACAAGCCUGUCUUAUUGUCGGUGUUGAAUCUCCAUAUUUUUUUACCUCCUUUCACAUUUACAGCCAUAGAUUCAGUUUAGUGUAACUGCCUAGGUGCCACUUAUUGUGUUUUGUUGCUGUGCAUGAAUUUCAAUUACUUGGCCCACAUAUUGUGGAUUCAGUUACUAAGAGACUCAAUUAUCUGUCUCUCUAAUUCUGGUGCAUCCAGGUGUCUUUUUAUUUUUCCAUUUUACAGUCAUUCUUGGUAUAAUGAUUGACAUGGAAUAUUGAAACAGUUUUGUGCCACAAAUCAGCUUGGUUGAAGUGUAGCGAGUAUUGGAUAGUAUAAUGGUGCAUCAUUUGCAUACUACCAGUGUUGAAAGUAUAUUUUUGAUGAGAGAGGCUUUUGCUUGUUAUAGUGAGAGAUACAAUAUGGGCCACUGUAGUAUUUUCCCUCAUAUAGAAUGCAUGUUUUUCUCAUAAGUUCCACCAAAAAUCACCUUGUGUUUUUAUCCCCGAUGCUUGGGUUUGGUUAGAACUUGGUGUUAUACCAGAAUUGAGAUAAGCCUGUUCAAUACUGUAAUACUUAAUACUUAAGUGUCCUUGGAAUAACAAUAUUGCCUAUUACUUUUAUGAAUGAUUACCAUAUUUAAUGACAUAUAGAACCCCAUUUUUGCCCCCCUCCAAAGAAAAAAUGGCUCAAAAUAUGUAUAUACAGGCCUCUUAUGCAAAGUUGAGAUAUGUAUUUGGUUAGCUGAUGUUUACCCACAUGCCAUAACCUAUCAGUGCUUGUACCAAGCCAGACUCCAUAAUGCUGUAAUGUGACUGGUAUUUACUAAAUUAUUAUUAUCAUCAUCCUCCUCAUCAUCAUCAUUAUUAUUACUAGUAUUGAAGUAAAAUUUCUUAUAACCCUCAUCUUGUCACACACACACAUACACAAAACUGUGCUUUCUUUGUCUUUCUCUCAAACAUCUUUUUCAUACCAAAUUUGGCUGUAAUGAAAGAGAGAGAGAGAGAGAGAGAGAGAGAGAGAGAGAGAGAGAGAGAGAGAGAGAGAGAGAGAGAUUAACUUUAAUAUGUAUUCCCCUCUGAAAAUGGGGGAGGGAUCAUAUGCCAUCAAAGACAAUACAUAAAAAUGACAAAUAUAUGAUUAAAAUAUAAAACUGACGGUCCAAAACAAAUCGUUCUAUGGUAUUCUCAUAUUUAUUGCCCUUCAUUAAAUGUUAAGGGCUAUAUAACAUUUAUUCUUUGUUUCUCUGUACAUACACAUGAACCAACAGUGAUUUUCAAAACUACAAAUCAGUGUAAAAUCAGCAGUAAAUUUUCUUUCAAAAUUAUUUCAGGAGGAAUAAAAUUUAUUGAUAUUUUUAUUUGUAAUAGAGGCAGGUUGCAAACAGAAUAGCCAUGCUGCAGAGGAUAAAAUCUUAGUUGGAAAUAAGCCGAAAUGCAAUAACUUUUUUAUAAACAAUAUACUGAAAUCAAAUAUAUUUGUACAGAAAUGUAAAAAUCAUACUUCAUUCACAGCAAAGAGGGGUAUCAAAUGUUGCUUGCAACAAGUUACCUGGUUUUUAUAGAAAUAGUAGGUAAAUCCAGAACAUGUUCAAUACACCUUGCCAUUGUGUUGUAAGCAUCUCCCAAGUAUGAUAAACCAAAUUCAAAAACUGAGACUGUUUGAACAUUCCAUGAGAAUCAGUUGUGGGUAUAAGUAAUGAGGAGUGAAUUUUGCAGUUAGUGCUGUUAUCUUGCAUGUCAUUCCCAAACAUGAUGGUACAUGUAGGCUUACAAGGUUAACUUUGAACUACCUAGGUCAUGGGUCAUGACUUCAGGAAAAGUGGUAUUUAAUGCUUGAAAUAUUUUUUUUAAUGUCUUAGCUUAUGCAGUACCAUGAUGAUAUGAUUAAUUACUUCCUACAGGUCAUUUUGUGUUGUUCAGUUUUAAGGUUCUUUUAGCUCAUUUUGGGUAGGUAGUACACAUCAUAAAUGAAACUCAUUCAUGCAGCUUUUCAUUAAUAUAUAUUUUAUUUUUGUAACAUUAAAAACAAGAAGCAUGAUUGUUUGCUAUUUUUAAUAUUAUUGACUGCUUUGGUCUUAUGGCUAUGAGGUAUUUUACUAUUGAACAAGUAAGAAAUUCAUUAUAGUAUUUUGUAUGUUUCACACUUUUAGAAACUAGUAAAUAACUUCCUUAUGCUCACUGAUGCUUGUUUACUCUAGUUAGAUUUUAUGAGCGUGUGUAAAUUUUUGGAAAGCAACAAUAUUAAAAUCAAAGACAAUUUUUAAAAUAUUCUAUUUGUAUUGGAUUAUUGUAGGGUGAAUCUAUUCUUGGGGCACAUUUCAAGUGGUCUAAGCUCCAGUUCAAUCUUUUACAUAGUGCAGAAUAUAUUUUUGUUUUAUAUUACUGUACUGGAAUUGAGAUGAUCUUUAUGAGAAUAUAAGAAAAGUUUUCCAGUGAUACUUAGGUCACAUAGUAGUCUAUAAUAUAUGGGUAUAUGAAAACUAAAAGAAAUGAAACUUACCUCAGGAUGUAUGUUCUUUAUGGCUUUGUGAUUGAGAUCUGAGCCAUUUAAAAUGAGGUUUACAUGAAAUGACUAAUGCUGUCUUUUUUUAAUUUAUUUUAUUUAUUACCACAUUUUCCCUGUCACCUGUUUUAUGUUGUAUUAGAGAACAUUUUUAUCCAGAUAACUUUUACUGUUUUGGAAAUACUCUAUGCCAAGUUUUCAUAUCUGUGGCAAUUGUAUAAAGUUAUGUUUUGGUGGGAGUUGUGUCAUGAAUUAAUAUUAGUAGUCCAAGUGGUCUGUGUAAGAGAACACUGGUAUUAGCUAUUUUAAUAUUUGACACUCCUCUACAAAUUGCACAUUUAGUUAAAUACUGUAUAUUAAUAUUAAUGCAUGUGAUAGUGCUGUUCAUACUAAACACACAUGGAAUAUAUUUAACUAGUCUUGUCUUGCCAUUUUGCA